UAAAUAUAUUUUCCCAGAUAACAGAAAACUAGUUUGACCUCCAUACUCAGGAUGCACUUCGCUCUUGCCAUCUUGUCGAGUGGUUGGGUUAUACGAGCGGCAGGCAGGAGUUAGCUCACCGCCGCUGCGCUAAAGUGGAUAUCUGUCAGCUAGCUGCUAGUAGCAGCUGCCAAAAGUGAGCUAUCCACAGAGCAAGAGGCAACACUUCGCCGACUUGGAGACGUGUUCUCUGUCUACCGCUGGAUUAUAGAUUCUUUCUGAUAAACCUGUGGAUUUGUUUACAUCAUGAUGUCGCACAUGCUGGUACCGAGGUAGGGAAAACUGGCUAACAUCAGCUAACUCAGCUACUUAGCGAGAAAUACAUACAUAACUGAGAGAGAAGAGUGCGGGCCCGCCUCAGACUAAAGUACCGGUGAAAGCUGCUGAACAAGAACUUUGACAAAGGGCCUGUUUGCAACUCCGGUGCCGGGACAAAAGGUAGGCCGGGGGUGGGAGAGCGGCACAUUUAGGGAGUUUCGCCCCGGUUGUGACACACUUUUCUCGAACAAGAGAGAGAGGAAGAGGAACGGUAUGGAAAUGUCCUGUGACAGUACGUGUCUGUGUCACAUCCCUCAGCUGUGAAUUACUUCGCAAGACAUUAGUCCAGCACUUCGUUUCAUCUGGGGAGCUUGCUGACUUGACGCAGUUAAUCAACAUGUCGAAAAUGCCAGCGAAGAAGAAAAGUUGUUUCCAGAUCACGAGUGUAACGCAGGCUCAGGUGGCGGCCGGCAGCAUCACCGACGACACCGAGAGCCUAGACGACCCGGACGAGUCUCGGACAGAGGAUGUGUCAUCGGAAAUAUUUGACGUUUCUCGGGGAGACCAGGGUGUGUGUGAGAAGAGUUCAUCCGAGGAAACCUUGAACAACGUAGCAGAGCCUCAGGAGGGCCAGCAGCCUGUCAAUGGGGGUCUCUCUUAUAAAAGUAUAGGCACUGAUCGUGUCACCCCACAUAAUUUAGUGGGAAGUGUACCUGUGCAGGCUACAGCUCAACCCUUUGUUCCAAGCUCAGCCACCCAUCCCUUGACAGUCAUCAAUGCGGCUCCUGCUGCUACUGUCUCUACCAGUGUGGCUCACACAGCUCCUGUGAGCACCAGCUGUAGUUCCCGUUUCAGGGUCAUUAAACUUGACCAUGGGACCGGAGAGCCCUUCAGACGGGGCAGGUGGACAUGUACUGAGUUUUAUGAGAGAGAUUCAGAUUCAAAUGUUAAUCGGACUGUGGAUAGCAUAAAACCGAGUCUAACCCUUGAUCACAGUAUAGACAGGGACAGUGGGCUCGGAGCCACCAAUAACUCUGUGGUCACUAGCAGUGCUUUAUCAGCACAGGCUUCGGAGAACACUGCGGACAGUGGCUACGCCGUCGGGCACCCCACCCACCCCCACGCUUCAGAGCCUACCCAGCAAGGCUACGGCUUAGCUCCUCAGAUAGGGAGCGGAGCAAGUGCCUUUCAGCCCACAGGGUAUACAACUACAUCAUCACAGCAGCCACAACAGGCUCAGGUCAAUAUGCAGCCUGUUGCACCCCAAACCUUUCUGUCGAACAGCCUCAAUGGUGUGCACCAAGGUGCCAUGCAGCAGCAGUCUAUCAUUAUGCCUCCUGCCACACAGGCCCAGCAGUUUACCUAUUCUACUGGCCUCCCACCUGGCCAGCCAGACUAUCGUCAGCAGCACUUUGGCUCAAGCCCUCAGAACCUUCCCAUGACGACCCUCUCUGUGGGGCCUCCAACCAGCCAGAUGCCCUCACCUCUUAUCACCCUUGCUGGUCCAGGAGCCCAGGGGCUGGGCGGUGAGGCAACCUCAGCCCAUGGCCUCCUGCUGCAGGUGGGCAGUGCCCCAACCAUGGCCCCCAUCCUUCCAGGAAGUGGCCAACAGCAGCAUAUCAACCAGACUCAGCCUUUAGGAGGGCUAGGUAUUACCCCUGCACCUUCGGUCACCACCGCCACCUCCCACAGCGGUGUCCAGAACACACCUGCCGCAGUGCCCACUAUCAACAACACCCCUCCCGGUGUGCCAAGUCAGGCUCCUGGCACAGGAGGAUUUGUCCAGCCACAGGCAACCCACGGAGGAGCCCCAACAGGCCUUCCCUCUGGCUUCAGUAACCACGCUGAAGAUAGUAGGCAGAAUACUGACGCCCUACCUCAAUCGAGUGCCGUUGUGGUGCCAGGGAAAGAUGGUAUAAAGCCUUUCAUCGGCGGGGGCCUCAACCUGCCCACUCCUACUGUCAACAGCCUAUUUGACAUCCAUAUUACCAUGAAUGUGGAUGAGGACAGUGCAUCCGGUGCCAGCGUCGUCGCCAUCGAUAACAAGAUUGAGCAGGCAAUGGAUUUGGUGAAGAGCCACCUGAUGUAUGCUGUUCGCGAGGAGGUAGAGGUGUUGAAGGAGCACAUCAAGGAGCUAUACGAGAGGAACUCGGUGUUGGAGCGCGAGAAUGCCGUGCUGAAGUCGCUGGCCAACUCGGAGCAGCUCGGCCAGCUGUCCGGUCAGCUCAGUCAGGGCAGCAGCACAACGCCGCCGCUGCAGCAGCAACACCCACUCGUCAUAAACAACAACACCCUCUUGGCUCACCAUGAGGGGGGUCAGAGUGUCCCUCAUCAGCCCAAUAUCACCUCGGCGUGAACCCCCUACCCCCCAAAAACACCCCUCCCACUGACAGGAGUGGAAGAUCCUGUUAGUAAAGACAACAACUGCUACCGUCCCCUUAGCUCCUUUUAAAGUAAAAGGCUCUGCGUUCAGUAUGCUCCAUUUGAGGAAAAAUCAACAACAGCGACAUCUUUGUUUGCCACCAAGAGCCGUGCUUCAGUGAGUGCAUGUUGCAGUCACCGGGCCUUCAUAUUAUUAAGACAUUUACCACCAUAUUCUGUCCCUCUGGUUGGCUGCAAGAAAGCUGAAAAAGGAGGAGGGGCAGGGGAACCGGUGCGCACCAUAAAACUGCAUGCUAUUCUCGUGCAGGAGACUGGGGGCCAAAGGGCACAUAGAGCUCGAUUUGUUGGGGCAACAAGUGGUGGAAGAAGGCGGUGUAUCCCUGUGCUGGGCCAGUGUGGUGAAAAGAGUCCUGUAACAUCCAGUGAGGACUGUCCCUCCCAUAAUCUCCACCCCACAUCACUCCAGGCCUGGAAGAGGCCAGAGAGCCGAGGGAGAAGUGGAGGAGAGGAUUUGUCCUCCGUGAGUGGAGGAGGACACCGGCGGGCGCCUCGGCUCGAGUUGAGCGAGUCGAAACACAAAGCUUGUGUUGUUUUCUCAGAGCCACCGUACUUUGACAUUAAUCAUAAUACUUUUUCUUUAGUUCAGUUUUAGUAUUUGCAUUUAUUUAUUUCAGGGCUGCUAUUUUCAUAAUGUAAAUGAACAAUGUCAUGGAGAUACUUAUAAAAACAAAAAAGAAACCUUUCUCUUUGGUCUUUUGGUAUUUUAGAAUUUGUCAGGUAUUAAAUUUGGUAGUUUCACGCAACAAGUAGAUCUCAGUAAGUAGGCAAUACGUUCCAUAUAUUAAAUUCUUCUCAUGAAAUAGUGCUAACACUAAAGCCGAGCUUACAUUAGGUGAAAUCCAGGUUGAAUGUAUAUUUUGUAAAGUGUAAAGUAUUAAGAGCGAGGAGGGUUUGUACAGGAGAACGCCUGUUAAGAUGUGAUGAAAUGUUUCGAUAAAGAAAAUGAUUAACUUACUUUUUGUAGACUUUUUUUUGUCAACAUGAAAAAACAGAAAUUAACUUUUGAGGGGUCCGUUGGGUGGAUGAAAAGCUGUGAAAAUAGUUUGACCUACUUUAUAACCAAAGACGCAAAGCUGUGUAAGUGUUUGUUUUUUUUUCUCCCAUUUUUAAAUGCACACUUUUUUUUUGUUUUUUUUUCCUACUCUCCUUUUGCUAAUUUUUUGUUGCUGUUUUGCAUGUUCUGCAUGAUCUAUAAUCAAACCACUUUCUUACCUCAUGUUUUUAUCCAGCACUUAUUUUUCUGUCAAGUUAUCAGUCUGUGAAUGAUUGUGAAAGGAUUAAUGAAAGGAAAAAGGGAACAGUUGGCAGAGAGGCUGGAGCAAGUGGUUGAGGGUAAGAAUGGGGGGGGGGACAAAACAUGGAAGGUGUUUGUGUCCGAUUGGGGUGAAGGGCCUUGUGCACAAAACGGUAGUCAGAAAAGGAGCCAACUUUUUGUUUUCAUGUAGAUGCUGUGUUGAAUUACAUAUGCAGAGGAAAAGGUUGUUACAUUGCAGAUUUUAAUGUAUUUAAUGAAUGCAGCAUUUAUAUUUCGAUUGUAGUGUACCAACACUUGGCUUACAAAGAGGAAAAAAAACCAGAAUACAGUAUCCACAAACUAAAUGGAAACUGUCAAACAUCUCACACUUAAAAGCUGGAACCCAGUCGAUUGUGUGUGAGCUUAUUACGGGAUGUCCUGUCUGUGUCACGUCUUUUGUGCCUCCUGUGCCGUCGUCUGCUUUUGUCAGGCGAGCCAGUUUCUUUCUCUGUGGCUUAGAAGUAAACCAAAAUGCUUGGUAAUUGUACAGUCAGACAUCUUUCUACUUCUCCAGGAUGGAUUCUUUGAUUUCUCAUUCUUUUUCCCCCCCCACGUAUGGGCUUAUUUCUUCUGUCACUAGCGUUCUUCUCAUUUAUUUUUUUUGUUUUUUUUUCUUUCGUUUGAAGGAGAUGCCGUGUACAUGCCAAGUGUACUGUAUGAAAGAGAUCACUGAGCCUUGGAGAAAAUAUCUUAACAAUGCCCCUGUAAUGUGCUGUUCAGACAAUGUUAGUUUUCAGUUGGAAAUAAAUUACUGUUUUAUUAAGAAAA